CGUGUUAAGGACAAUUCUAUAACGUAGGACAUGUAAUUAGAUAAGAUCAUCAAGAUCAAAGGUUGGGACAAGUGCUUUUGCGCAAUGUCUGCGCAAUUCGAACGCAAGAUAAUGCCCUCGAAUGCUCCGUUGUGUUUCGCCUGAGGAGGAAGUGACGCCUGAACGCGCGAUAUAGCUGGAUGUACUCUCACACAGCCAGGGGUAGGUGUACUGAGGUUACAGUACAUGCCAGUUGUUGCCAAGCUUACCUUUCACCGUCACGACCGAGAGCUGUCUGGAUAAGAUAGAGGGGGGUCGUGUGGUCCGUAUCUGUGACAUUAAAUCAAUAACAAGAUGUUCGAGCUUGUGCGUUCGUUAACGUCCGCAUCGUUAGCCUGAAGUUUGUUAUUCAGGAGUAAAUGGCUGAAAUGUCUUCAUUUAGAUGAAGGGCUUUCGGUGUGUCCUAGCUAGAGGACUUCAAUACCGCGGUGUUCCCAGGUAACAGAAGGUACAAUAAUAACAUCAACAAGGGUAACAAGGUUUGUGUGCGCGCGCUACAGUACGCGUGGACGUGCAUUUCUAUUAUGAAUUCUUGUUACUAAGCACGUCGCCGUUUGAGACGGUCUCGCGAUCGACUUUAGAUCGUUUGCUAGACGGAAGAAGUCCCGUAGAAGUUUUGUUCUGUAGAUAGGUCGCUUGUGCAUGCAUCUAUAGCUUUAUCAGGGACGGGACCGAGAACGUUGUGAGACUAGUCGAGAUACGUAGUGCAUCUUACACUUUAUAUAUAGAUAUUAGAUAUAUAUUAAACAUGGCCAAACCCGAGCCGAAGAAGUGCAGCACUUUGACCUUUGGUAGCAAACCUGUGGCGGAGGAGCAGGUCACUAACGGCCCGGACGAGUCGCCGGUAACCGGAGCCGCGCACGAGCUCGGGGUCAGAGUCAGACCUGGCCAACUGAGCACCGAGAGCGAAGUGUUUGACGACGGAACGAACACUUUCUUCUGGAGAGCGCACACCCUUACUGUGUUAUUCAUCCUGACAUGUGCUUUGGUUUACGUGACACUGCUGGAGGAGACUCCACAAGAUACAGCCUACAACACCAAGAGAGGGAUUGUGGCUAGCAUCCUGGUCUUCUUGUGUUUCGGAGUAACUCAGGCGAAAGAUGGCCCUUUCUCACGUCCACAUCCAGCAUACUGGCGCUUCUGGCUCUGUGUCAGCGUUGUCUAUGAGCUGUUCCUCAUCUUCAUUCUUUUCCAAACGGUGCAGGACGGAAGGCUGUUUAUGAAGUACAUCGACCCAAAGUUGGGUGUUCCUCUUCCAGAGAGAGACUAUGGAGGAAAUUGUCUUAUCUAUGAUCCAGGAAACACCGCUGACCCGUUACACAACAUCUGGGACAAAAUGGAUGGCUUUGUUCCUGCCCAUUUUCUUGGUUGGUACAUUAAGACGCUGAUGAUCCGAGACUGGUGGAUGUGUAUGAUAAUCAGUGUGAUGUUCGAGUUUUUGGAGUACAGUCUGGAGCACCAGUUACCAAACUUCUCAGAGUGCUGGUGGGACCAUUGGAUUAUGGACGUGCUUUUGUGUAACGGUUUGGGCAUAUACUGCGGCAUGAAGGCGCUCGGCUGGCUUUCGAUGAAGCCGUACCAGUGGCAAGGCCUGUGGAACAUCCCAACAUACAAGGGGAAGAUAAAGCGCAUUGCCUUCCAGUUCACACCGUACAGCUGGGUGAAGUUCGAGUGGAGACCAGCGUCGAACCUGCGCCGGUGGCUGGCGGUGCUCGGCAUCAUCUUCAUGUUCCUGCUGGCGGAGCUGAACACCUUCUAUUUGAAGUUUGUGUUGUGGAUGCCCCCUGAGCAUUACCUGGUGCUGCUGAGACUCGUGUUCUUUGUUAACGUUGGCGGAGUGGCCAUGAGGGAAAUCUACGACUUCAUGGACGACCCGAAAUUCCAUAAGAAGCUGGGUCAGCAGGCAUGGAUUGUGGCAGCAAUCACAGUAACAGAGUUUCUCAUCGUAGUGAAGUACGACCCCCACACUAUCAUGCUACCAAUCCCGUUCUUCAUCGCGCAGUGCUGGAUUCUUGGCAUUGUGCUCAUCCUCACGUGGACGCUAUGGCGCUUCUUUAUCCGUGACAUCACACUCCGUUAUAAAGAGACACGACGGCGUAAGCAGGAGGGCUCUGCCGAGCGGGAGAAGCCCCCCGGCAAUGGCAGCAAGACCCCUAUAACGUCCGGCCGAAGCAAACUGAACGGAAACACAGAUCCGUUACGACAUCGCAAGCCUUGAGGAAGACAUGGUGGAAUGCUCGCUGCACAGCUGUUGCACCCAUGUUAAGCAUGGUGUGAUUUUACACUGUGUUUGCAUGUCUGCCUGUCUUCCCCUGACUGAUGAACCAUUCCAGCACACAGUAUAGCACACACUGUUCAAACACACUAUACCCUAACCCUAACCCUAGAGCAACAGUGAGUUCAUCUCUCAUGAUCAGGAGGCUCAUUAUGGUUUUUUAUUAUUUUUUUUUAUUUUUUUUUGCGUGUUUUUUUUUGUUGUUAAGCGGUAAGAUGCAGAGCAUGACAUACAUUUGAGGUGUGUGUGUGUGUGUGUGUGUGUGUGUGUGUGUGUGUGUGUGUGUGUGUGUGUGUGUGUGUGUGUGUUUGCGUUUGCGAGAAGUGCAAGGGUAUGUAUGGAAAAGAUGCUCUGUUCUUCCAGAUGCCUUAUACGCUCUAACAGAAUAGGUAAGGGGGUAUUAUGAAGCUGUACCUUACCUGCCUCUGGAAUGGUAACCUCAAGGGUAUAACCUGUGUACUCUUUAAUGUAAACCAUUAACCAGGAAAGGUGUGUGUUUAAAGUUACCUUUAAAUUAUUAUCUUUGCUUCUUAUUUUUGUGCUUUAAAUUUUAAAGGUAAAAAGCUACCUACUACAAAAACAAAGAUAUGUACUCUAGUUACAGGGGAAGGUACAGUUUACUUUUGUGGGGUUGUUUAUUAUUAUUAUUAUUAUUAUUAUUACUACUACUACAACUUUUAUUUGUUUUUGUUUUUUUUUGUUUUUUUUUGUGUGUCGAUUGUUACUGCAUGGACCAUUGACACGUGCUUGUAAACGUGUGCUCCAGUUCCGAAGGUGUGGCUUGUUCCUUGUGAAUUGAGUUCUUUUUGCUGCUAUGCAAUAAGACACAUGUUGGCUCUCGUUGGUUUAUUGUUUGUUAGGUAUUGGCUUAAACUUUAAAGAGCCUGGAGUAAUGCUGUUACACAGUGCUACACUUACUGGAACACACACACACACACACACACAGAGCUUUGUUUUUCCUCUUUAUGUUAAACAGGGACAGAACGUACUCUCAGGAGACCUGUUAUUCAUUAUUACUCUUAUUACAUUGUUUCUCAGGUAAUUUCCCUUCGGAUCAACAGCCAGAGUGAUGAGGAUGGGCAUGAAUUUUGCUGAAACAAUCGUUCUGUCAGACUUAUUGGACCAAUUUUUUUUUGCAGGUUUUUUUUAUUUAUUUAUUUAUUUUUUAAAUAUAAUACCUGGUCAACCAAUCCGCUUUAUGAUACUUGCUGCUUUAGCCACAGAACAAAUUUCGCUAGUCUGCUCUGCGGAAAUCUGAACGUUCCGUCUCGUCCGCCUACUGUAAGCCUGUGAUGUUCAUCGCACGUUUAGUCAAACGUCGUCUUGCGGCUGUGUUCAGUGUGAUGAUUUUUUAAAUGUAUAAGUGGAUAUUACAUCGAUGUAGUGAAAGGUGUGUUUUAGUUUAUAUCUGUACUAAUAUUCAGCACUAUAGAACGGUUGGAACCGUCCCAUGUAACGUAGAACAUGCUGCUACUACUACUAUAUUAUUAUUAUUAUUAUUAUUAUUAUUAUUAUUAUUAUUAUUAUUAUUAAUGUAUACUUUACUUUUUUUAGUCCUUUGCUAGAAAUUGGUUGCCAGCACCCUCAGAACAACCUCUUACUUCUCGUUUUAUGUAGUACGAUAGGUGUAAUUUUCCUCCUUUGUGUAAUUUAGGUUUAAAAAGAUUUCUAGAAAUCUUUUUGUAGGCAUAUUUCCUUAUUUUUAUUUUGAAUUUUUUUAUUAUUAAAACCCCAUUUUCCUUCUUGUUUGCUUUACUUACAUUCUGGAAUCAUCAGCGUGCCUCACUGCGUCACAACGAGGUGGAACUCAGAUUGGGAAGCACGUCACCAUCCAUUUAAGAGCCUUCGCUAGCACGUCAGUUUUACUCUACACAGACGUUUGUUCCCUUAUAUAGGACGCGUCUGUUGGAUAACACACUGGACGAUUGAGACAAAUUUAUCAUGGGUUGAAAUCAUAAUUCUACAAUGCGUGACAUACCACGAUAUAUAUAGAUUUAUUAACAAUUUCCUAGCAGUAAAAGUAAACAGUAAUGUUGUUUUGUCUACCAUUUCUUUUUAUUUAUAAAAAAUGAAAACAUUGAAAGAUGUACAUCAAUAUGUACAUUUUCUUAUCAUUAAUUGUUUAGAAUAUUAAACUUUGCGGCAGUUUCUCAUGAUCGUUGUAUUAUAUCAUUUCGUCCAGCCCUACAUUACUCUUUCGGUGAUCUUUCACAUGCACGGUUCACUUAGAACGACCCUCUCUGCAGCACGAGGGAUCGAGUAGACUCGAUCUGAUCUGAUGUGAUUUCUUUUCUUUUACAACAGGCUACUGUUUAGAAAUAUUUAUUAGUCUCAGCAAUAAAAAGCUAACUUGUACUGUUUAACCCGGCAAGCCUGAAUAGAUCGUUACAAAGCUCUUGCUAAUUUAGUACAAGUUGUGUCCCAAAAUUGUGAAACGUAGAUGUCACGUGAUCGUGUGUUGAAAACGUUGUCUCGUUCACUGUACAUUUAUUGUGCAAAUCAAUAAGGGAAUGACUUCAUGUGUCAUUCCCAAUGUUUGUUUGUCAUCCAGAGCAAUGAGGCUCUUCUUCUUUAAUCAUAACUUCUACUGAUACAGGACACACGUCUCUAGCUUUAGAUGCGGAUUUAGUGGUGCGGAAUGGUAGAUGUUUUAUUUAUUUUUUAAAAGAAACAGGUCUGCCUACAAUGAAUAAAACAAAAAAAUAAAAAGGACCACUUUUUAUUUUUUCCCCCACAAAGCCUUGAAUUGUCGCUCUGUCCCAACUCGAAACAUGAUUUCUGCAUGAUGGAUGGUAUUAUUAUAGACCAAUAGUUUGUGUAUGUGUGUGUUUCUGGCUGUGGUGUUUCUUCAGGGCAAUAAGCCUCUCGACUCUUCUACAAUGAGGUGUGAGAGAAUGUUACGAACAUUAUACUGACUGUUUUAUAAAAAUGUAAAUAAAAAUCUGUUUGUCUUUUGA